CAUCAGAUAUUUAUUAUAUAUAUUAAAUGUUUUAUACACAUUUCAGCAUUUUAGAAAUGUUUGAAGGAUUUUUACACUCCACCCCUGCUCUCAUUAGAUGGCACCCCGGUUGGGAAACACUGGUCUAAAGCGGUGUGCUUGCAAAUAUAGUUGGUUUUGUGGAAAGAGUGUCGUGGUAAUUGUAUGAAUCAGUUGCAGUUUUAUUACCUGGUGACUCCUACACUGCCGUCACUCAUGACUAAUAAAUCUUUUGCAUUUCUUGACACUUUUGAUUUCAAAAAGUUAGGCGGUGCGGCUCGUUCCUUUGUCACGUCCAGCUUCAGACAAUAGUCCAUGAGGAAUAAAACGUCACCGUGCGUGUUGUAGGAACAUAAUCCACACUGGGUGGUGUGAUAUGUUUUAAACUCAACUUGUGAUUUUGUGUGUGUGUGUGUGUGUGUGUCAGAGCCAAAACAUCCUUGUCUGUCAGGUUUCUAAGUCAAUCUGUAAAAUGUUUAGCGAUUUCACGCACAGCGACAAACACAGAAACACACUGAUGAGCCUUGUAACCCUUUAAACCGUCCACCGUCGUUGUGAAUGUUGUCAUGAGCCGCAUCACAAAUCGAAAACUCUGACCUUACAUUCGAAAGUGUCCGUGAAUCUACAAGACUGGCACACAAAACAGAUCUUUUAGUAGGUUUUAAGGUGACAUGAGAGGUUUUUCUGGAACAUGGCAGAAAACUUAGUUACAGUUUCACCUCUGAUUGUUACAAACUCCUUUUGAAAUGCUAAAUAAAAUCUCAACACCAGAACAUCACCAUAUCAACAGUUACUGUGAGAUACAGUAUGAUAAAGGUAAAUACAGUGCAUUAACAUACUGUAGAUGAAUGAAAAUCCUCAGCAGCGGAGCGUUGGUUAGAAACUCAUUCUCGUAACCCUAGUAUGAAUGGUGUCACAGUGCUGCUACUUUCCCCCCCAUACGCUCUCCUGCACAAACACCUACACAACACAUUCCUGUGAUCCACAAAUCAAUCAUAUAAGAGUCCAGCCAGCCAGGAAUAGAAAGGAGAAAGCACAACUGUGAAGGAAUUUUGCACACGUUGGCCUGGUGAGCUAUUUAUAGUGCUGAGGGAGAGCUAUAAAUGAGGGAGGGCAGGAAGAGGAAGUGUUGCCUUGUUGUUAUGCCCUGCUUGGCAUGCCAUGGACAACCCCAGGUCAAAGGCACUGAGGCCAUAUGGUUAAAGUUUGGUCUGAUAAGGCACUGUGUCUAAACCACACACACACACACACACACACACACACACAUACAUACACACACAUACACACACAUACACACAAGCACAAACACACACACUCAAAUGCCGCUUUCAGUCUGUGCUUCGUUCCCUAGAUCUCGUCUAUUUGCGGUCAUGUCUCGCUUCACAAAAAUGUAAACUUCAUUUGCGCAAGCAAACAGAACCAGCAGAGUGCAAGAGGCUGCCCGAGCGCUGAAAGUGUGUCUGAACGUAGCCUGUUGUAUAAUCCCUCUAGGGGCCCCAGUGCUAUUUUUGUUCCUGGAUAUGCGUCACGAUUGGGUAUUUUCUCUGGUGACUAGCUUACAUCAGUAGGUCUCCUAGCAUACGCUCUAUCAGCGAGUGUCUUCUGAUUGAUGGGAGUUUCACUAGGCAGUUUCGUCUCUCGUAUUCUUGACUCCCUCGAAAUGGACAAAGGAAGUGCAAGCACCGAGGAACGCAGCAGAUGACUGAGGAGCCAGUGAAGCCAGGCUGUGGUCCAUGUAGUCUCAGCACCCUGGCUAAAGGAUCCUUUCUGGCCUUUCUGGUUCCUCCACGUCUCCCAUUCUCCCAGGAUUCUAUCACAGCACUCUUUGGAUACCUAAGGAAGACUUGAAGAUAAGAGAAGUCAGCGUGGACUUGGAUGAAACUAAAAUACUUAAUGAAUGUAACCAUGCCUAAAGAAUAAUUGAUACAAAGAAGUUUGGCUUUUGGUUUUAAAAAAAAAACUCAUUUUUAAAAAUUCAAAUCUGGAUCAAUUCGGAAAAUGGAAAUGGAGGACCUUUUGUUUAAGUGCCAUUGUUAUUAAAUCACCUGGCAUGACUAUAUAUUUGAAUGCAAUUUAAUAAACAGUACCUUGAGAAACAAAACUGAAAUACAGAAUAAUGGAGCCACAUGGAACAGCUGCUGGACAGAAAUGCAGCAAGGAACCACGUGAGAAAAACUCUUUACAAAGAAAGUGGGUCUCUGAGCCCUGCACUGGUACAAAGGGAAACACUUACGCAGAAAGCUUGCAAAGUGGUAUCAGUGGGACGGUUAUUGCAGCUUCUGGAAAGCUGCGUUUAGGUGCAGAGUCUCAAUCAUCUGCAGAAAGUCAUUUUUUCCCCAGGUCUUAUUCCUAUCAGUUACAACAUUCAUACCCACAGCAGCCCAUACAGAAGCCUUUCCUAACCGGUACAAAGUCACAACCUGGUUUGGAGCCCCAUGCUUGGCCUUUCCCAGGCAAAUUGCAGUCUCUGCCACAAGAUGAUGUGUUUUCUGUGCAUUCACAUUCUCAUGGAGCUUUCCCCCGUCAGAAGUCGCCAAGUUUACCUAGUGCUUUUUGCCAGUAUUCACAGUCAAGCUCUGAGCAAAAAGAGGAAGGACAUAAGAAGGAGCAGAAACCCAAGAAGCCAGGCAAGUACAUUUGCCAGUACUGUGGAAGGGCAUGUGCUAAGCCCAGUGUGCUUAAAAAACACAUACGAUCACACACAGGGGAACGGCCCUAUCCAUGUGAACCGUGCGGCUUUUCAUUCAAAACCAAGAGUAAUUUAUAUAAGCAUAGAAAGUCUCAUGCUCAUGCUAUUAAAGCUGGACUUGUACCCUUCUCUGAGCUGGCAACUCGCACAGACAUUGAUCAAGCAUCUUCAGUUGGUGAAACAGAGGUACAGUCUGAUGGAGAUCAAAGUACUGACACUGACGAAGAAACUGCAGAGGGGGCCAUGUACCCGGAAAAAAGUAGCUCCAUACCACAGAUAUCAUUUGACUCCAACAAAGGUCCUUUAGAUAAAGGUGGUGAACCAGCAUAUGCAGACUCGGCAGAAGAGUUGGCCAUGGCAUCUAUGAAAGUGCCUAUUUUAAUUGUUCCUAAACAGGGGCUUACAUCAGCAACCAUCGAGUGUACCCCAUUCACAGAAAUUAGGGGAUCCAAUAUCAGAGGAAUGGUCCAAGGAGAUGAGUCACAUACUGUCAAACAGAGACUUGCUUUAAGACUCACUGAUAAAAAAGGCCAGGACUCAGACCAGUCUCUGAAUCUGUUGAGUCCACACAGUAAAGGUAGCACAGAUUCUGGCUAUUUUUCUCGCUCAGAGAGUGCUGAACAGCAGAUUAGUCCACCUAACACCAAUGCAAAGACAUACGAAGAGAUUAUGUUUGGAAGAUCUUGGUAUUACCGACCCAUCUCCAGAUCUAGACAUCCCAUUACAAUGACUGCUACUGCUAGUCCUGACUCGCAAAACAAAUCUGCCAUGAUAGAAAUGGACAUGGGAAAGAUUUCAGAGGAUCACAUAUUUUUCAGAGGAACACAAAUGGUUGCAGCAUGUGACCCAAAGCAGUACCCUCGAGGUGCUCUCCUGGAAGCUCCUUCUGAGACAGGCCCACUUUUAAGAAGUAACUCAAUGCCAACAUCAUCCCCUACCAAUCUUAAUGUUCCAUCAGCUCUGAGAGGGAGUCACUCCUUUGAUGAAAUGAUGUCUCCAGAUGAUGUAUUUUAUCCAGGGGCUGCUGGUCUAAGGAGACUGAGAAGACAGGCUGCUUUUGAGCAUGGGGAAUCUGAGAACUAUGGCAAAAUGGGAGGUCCAUUUGCAGCUAUGAAGAUGGGGGAGAGAGAUCAGUUGAUGUCUGAGUUCAAAGGCUCAGGAUCAGAACUUGCUUGUCCUGAAAUGCGCACAGCAUAUGGCAGCUGUGGUACAAAGGUUGGAAUGUCAGAGAUGACCACAAGAAAACGUCGUAAAGAAAAGAGUGUUGGUGAUGAGGAGGAUUGUCCUGGGCAGUAUGAUGACAUGAAAAAUGUGUCUCUUGAAACAUCUGGGGACUAUGAUCUAAAACAAGGUAGUCAGGAAACUUUAGUGGCUGCCCAUACAGGUAGAGGAUCCAUGUACAGUGGUUACAAUUCAUUGGAAAGUUUUGAUAAAGUUGUUCAUCCAGAGGAUGUUGUGCUUGUUCAAGAUACAGACCGAAAGGCUGCUGGCAAUGUAAUAUCUGUUAUUCAACAUACUAACUUGCUUAGCAGGCCAAACUCAUUUGAAAAGACUGAGUCAAUUGAACAUCAAUCUUAUCAUCCAGAAAAGCCUGUUGGCCAACUGUCUGAGCAGUCUGACGCUGAGAACAAUGAUGAUGUGCAGAGUCCUGACUCUAUUCUGAGGUCUGAGAGCAUGGAGCAUCAACAGCAAAGUGACAGUGAAUUAGCAUCCAUUUCACCUAGUCAGCAAUACCAUAUGCCCCACAAACUUGUACGGCAACCUAACAUUCAAGUACCUGAAAUUAGAGUCACAGAAGAACCAGAUAAACCAGAGAAAGAACCAGAGGUGCCAGCUAAAGAACCAGAAAAGCAUGUGGAGGAAUUCCAGUGGCCACAGAGGAGUGAGACUCUGUCCCAACUCCCAGCAGAAAAAUUGCCUCCAAAGAAAAAACGUCUGCGUCUUGCAGACAUGGAGCACUCAUCUGGGGAAUCAAGCUUCGAGUCUACCUGUACCAGUCUAUCAAGGAGCCCAAGUCAGGAGAGCAACCUGUCCCAUAGCUCAAGUUUCUCAAUGUCAUUUGAUAGAGAGGAUAACAUGAAGUCAGUGUCACCAACCAAGCAAGAAGAUUUUAGUAAACAAUCAGAAUUUUUAACUGUACCAGGGAGUGGUCAUUCUCUGUCAAUACCAGGCCAUCACAAGGAGAUGCGUCGCUCCUCAUCAGAACAGUCACCUUGUGGUUUACCUACUGAGGUCCCAGAAACUCGUAGCAAAUCAUUUGAUUAUGGAAGUCUGUCAACCAAUUCAAGACAAGGGGAGUUAUAUGCAAGUGCAUCAUCCAUGAAGGAACGUAGACGUGGAUAUCUGGUUAGACAGGCAUCUCUGAGUGUCUAUCCUGAAGUUGUACCUCAAGAGCAAUGCUCUGAGUUAAACAUUAAACAAGAGCUUUCUGACCCCCAUGCUUCACCUUCUUGGCAAGGCACCUCAUCUCUAACUGCUCUACCACACCUUGUAGCUGGAAGUGAUCUAGUAAGGCAAAAAAGAGGAUCAUAUCACUUGCUUCAGCAGAGCAUCAGUGAAGACAGCCAAUCAGACGACUUGCAAAAGUCACCAUGCUUGCCAGGCCAACUGUCAACAGACAGUGAGGCUUCAAUACAUGAGCACAUGAGCCAGGAUGUAAUGCACCACUCCUCAGUUCCAAGUAGCUUGGUGUCAUCACCGUUUUUUCAGACAGUGGUCUGGUAUACUGACUCAACACGACCCAGGCAACACCAAGGUAUCCAUCAGCUGCAGAAAUUACAUAUCCGACCACCAAAUCAACAACCUAAUGUACAGAAAUCCCACCAACCUCUUCAUCAAAUACAGGUGCACAAUGAAUCAAAUACUGAUGGGGCAAGUCAAACAUAUCCUUAUGUCUCAAGAGGUUCUCCACAAACUAUUGGCACUUCAUCAAAAGUGCUCACCACAAACUCAGUUUUCUCACAGCAAAUUCAGCCAGGAUUUACCACUCAAAAUGUAGGUUCACAGCCAUCACAUCCUGGAAUGCUAGUUCCUGUUAGAAUUCAAACAAAUGUGCCAUCAUAUGGUAGUGUUAUGUACACAAGUGUUUCACAAAUUCUUGCUACUCAUGCUCAAAGUACUACUUCUCUCAGAUUAAUAGGCUCAGACAAUACAUCUACCAGUUCACUUACGGGCAUAUCUUCAAAACACCCAAUAGGGUUCAAUUUAUCAAAACUAUUAGGUCAUCCAGAAAGAUCUUUGCAAUAUCCACUUUGGAAAGUUCCUGAACCAUUACCUGGAAGACUGAAUACUGGCAUACCGUUGUCACUGACAUCAGGAACUAUUUCAACUACAGAUGCCUCCUCUAGUAUUGGAGGGAGUAAGAGAAUGCUGUCACCAGCCAGUAGUCUUGAACUUUUUAUUGGAAACAAGCAACAGAAACGGAUUAAGGAGGAAAAGAUGUAUGGUCAAAUAGUGAAAGAGCUAAGUGCAGUUGAGUUAAGUAAUUCAAGUGCACCAAAUGAUGGUGACGCAUCACCACAGCCUGAUGUUUUAAAGAGAGAUGACUUAGAUGAUCUAGAGAGGAUGUCCUCAUCUCCACCAGCUAAUUACCCAUCAUCUAUAUUCUCCUCUGCAUCUGAUGUGCCACAAAAGGAAAGUUUUACUCCACCUCUACAAAUUGUGAUGAACACUUCUAAAAGAGUUGAGUCCCCAGAGGAGCUUGAUGUAGACAAAGGCACUCCAGACACCAUCUCAGGCCCUGAAUCAAUGAUCUCUUCCAGUGAUACUCAAGAUGAACUGAAGCAGACCAAGAUCCCAGUAAACAUGUUGGUGCAACUUGCUGCCAGUCAGGGUGGUGCUGUAUGUGGGAGCACUCUCCUGCUCACUGACUUAGCAGAUGUUGAUCAGUUCUUUCAGUUUCCAAGUCUACGUACAACAACAAGUGUUAGCUGGUGCUACCUAAAUUACACCAAGCCAAACUAUGCUCAGACAACUCCCUUAACCUCUGUUUAUGGCUCAUGGUGUGUCAGCUCCUAUAACCCAAACCCACUCAGCCUCAGCACCAAGGCAACCCUGGCAUUACUCUGCUCCAAACAGAGGAGAAACACAGAAACUUAUACAAUGGCUGCCAUGUAUCAGCCAGGGACUGGAAAACUUGUCUCAUCCCUGUCGUGGAAGCAGAAGUUUGAGCAGAUGAAGCCAGAGCUCAUGAAGCUGGAUAUUGGCAAGUUGGGAAAGAAAAUUAAAGGGGUAAUCUCAAGGGACAGAUUGAGAGAGGACCAUGGAGAGAAGGAGGCUUCAUCAAAGCAGGCUGAACCUACACGCAUUAAAAUCUUUGAAGGAGGGUACAAAUCCAAUGAGGACUAUGUUUACGUGCGGGGCAGAGGUCGGGGAAAAUACAUAUGUGAAGAGUGCGGUAUCCGCUGUAAAAAGCCAAGCAUGCUGAAGAAACACAUUCGCACGCACACUGACGUUAGGCCAUAUGUCUGCAAGUUCUGCAACUUUGCUUUUAAAACAAAAGGAAACCUGACAAAACACAUGAAGUCAAAAGCCCACAUGAAGAAAUGCUUGGAGCUUGGGGUGUCGGUGACAUGUAUAGAUGACGUGGAGGGAGUUGAUACUGCUGAGGAGAUCCAAAGAGAUACUGGAAAGAUUGGCAUGUUAGAAAUCAUGGCGGAGCACCAAUUUUCAGAUGCUGAUGAUUCAGAUGGGGCUGAGGAAGAUGGUGAUGAGGUGGAUGAGGAUGAAGAUGAUGAUGACGAUUAUGAUGGUGAUUCAACACCAAAGACACCCUCUCGAAGCACAAGCCCACAGCCCUAUGUCAUCCCCUCACAUUCUGUCACUGCAGUUGCUGCAUCCCAUGACACUGGCCCUGAUCCAUUAGGCUCAGCUUCGAAGCAGCCACUGUUUGGUUAUUAUGCUAGUUUGCCCAGUAUUCAAAUCACUCAACUCAUGGUGCCUAGUGAGAAGACUAGAGAGAGCCAGAUGGCAGAAUACCAGAAACUGCUGCAAGGAGCUUUGGGUGAAGACCCCAAAAACAGAUUGGAGAUGCCUAGCUCCAUGGGUGAAGACCCUGGCUUGUCGCCAGAGCAUAGCUCAUCUUCUUUUGAAUUCUCUCCUUCUCGUCUGUCCUCACCUAGCUGUGACUCCUCACCUCUUCGAGAGCCCUCACCGAGUUGUAGGUACUUGUCCCCAAAACGGGACCUCUCCCCACGGGGUCGUUUGUCACCAAGAAGGGAGGCAUCCCCCCUUAGACCUCUGUCCCCCAGGAGAGAUAUGUAUAGAAAGGAUCUGUCUCCAAGGAGAGACAUGUCCCCCAGAAGCCUCCUUUCACCUAUCUCCCAUACAGGGUGUCCAGUGUCUCCCGCAAGAGAUCUCUCUUACAGACGUGAGCUGUCUCCCAGAGGCCGCCACAAGGGCAUACUGAGACCAUUGUCUCCCAGAAGGGCACCUCACCCUCACAGUGGACCUUGGACACUCAACCAGCAUCCACAUAGAGAAAUGGUUUCAGUGGCUCAAAAGAACAGGAGCCACUCAGAAAUGAAUAUGAAUCAGAGGAAGAGUUGCUAUCCACAAGGAGAUAUUCACAGCACAGGAGCUCCCUCUACACACCAAGGUCUUUUUAGCCAUCUUCCCCUCCACUCCCAACAACAGGUUCGUACACUAUUCCCUAUGAUUCCAAUUGGUGGAAUCCAAAUAGUGCCAGGCCUGGCCCACCCCGCUCGCCUUCCUCUUAAGACAGCUACAUCAGAGGAGUCCAGCGAGACAUCUUUCCGCUUCUCAGAGGGUUGUGAAUCUAACAACACCCAAGGUGCAGAGGAUUCAGCUCAACCACAAGAAAUGGCCCUGUCCCCAAAAGCUGUAAGUUCAGUCCCCUCACCUUCUUCUCAGAGGUCCAGAGAUGACGGUAAGAAGCAAGAAGAAGGCAUCAUGACAUGCACUAAGGCCAUUGCUUCUUUGCGCAUUGCCUCAGAGGAACCCUUAGGAAAGGUGGCUGGUUCCAUCGAGCAGAUCCAACAGCACACAUUGUCUCAUUCUCCUACCCCCCAGCAAGAGAGUACAGCAAGGGGGAUUCAGAAAUUUAGUAGCUCAGAGUUCAGGCAUGCCAACACAGAAACUGGGGUGUCUGCCACAUCAAAGGCUCCCACAGGAGCCUGUCCCACUCUUUACAUUACAGGGGCUACAGAGAGGUCACCCGACCCACAGGGCCAUAGCAAGAAUCCAUCCAGCACAACAAAUGACUGACAACAGCUGAAUAAUGUCAAAAUGGAGGACAGUACAUUACACUCAUACUGUAUGUUUACGCAUACACAGUCACACUCAAAUACUAGAGUGUACAUGUACAGUGUAGCAUGCCUUUUAUAACCUGGUUUGCUGUUUUAACUAUGGUUACUUUCUUAUUUAAAAUGUUAGAGAAUAACCUAUAUGUUAACUUAUACCUGUAUAUGAGCCUGACCAAAAUUGCUUAUGAACUCUGUCUGGUACUCUAAAGUGUACAGAUCUGUGUGCCUUUUUUCAUUCAUGCUUAUAUUCUUAUAAGCAUAUAAAACAUGAAGACAUGUAAAUAUGUCAAAAAAUUUGUGUAUCAGCUUUGUAUUAAAUGCAGGUUGCUGUCUUUUUGGACACCGGAGUCUAAAUGAUGUGAAGUAUCAAUAUAUGUACGGUUGCACUAAAACAUAUUUUUAUAUGAGUGAAAUGAAAUGGCUUUUGUGUACAGCAUCAAUUCUAUAAUAAUAUUUAUUGUAUCUUGUUUCAUAAAUUGUAAAAAAAAAUUUCUUAAUGUUGUGAAUGCCUUUGCUAAGUAAAGCAUGGAUUUUACUAUUGCGUAAUAAGAACAACAACAUAUGUAAAUGGCUUUCUAUUAGAAAUAUUCAUAUACUUCCAGUCAAACUUGUUUUAUUGGGUUUUCUCUCUGACACACACAAAAACACACACACACACAUACAUACACACCACGUGUGUGUGUAUGUGUGUGUAUAAAUAAUUGUAUAAUUUCUUUUACAUUGGCAAACCACAUAACACAGUACAAUGAUUGGUAGCUUUAAGUUCUGACUACCCCUUGUCUGUCAGCUAAAUAGGCUACACACUAGUUGUGAUAUUGCUGCUCUUUUAUUUAGAACUGUCAAGCAUUAAGUGAAUCAGCUUGUCGACUUGUUCACUUCCUUUGAAAACAUUCUGAAUUGGUUGUGAAAUGUUAAUCAUGUCGCUUGAAGUAUUUGUUUUAUUGAUUAGUAUGGGGAACAUUCCAACAGAUGUAUAUACUGAAUGCCCAUAAUCCUCUAUACUCACACUCAAACAUACAUUGAAGGAGUCCAUGGGCCAUGCCAUCAGUCCACAAACCUUUUUUUUUUUUUUUUUUUUUUUUUUUU